ACGUAAAUUGGGAAGGGGAGUAAAAUCUUCUUUGCUGUCUUCAUUUUAUGUCCCCGAUGGCUUUAGCUCAAUGCUCCUUCAAAUUUCCAAACAUAAUAUGCUCUUUCAAACCCAAGAAACCCCCUACCUCAUCCACCUCCAAAUGGCAUACAACCCCCGCAAGAGACAGAGUAAUAGACUUUGGCAAGUACAAAGGAAAGAUGCUUGGCGCCCUCCCUUCAACCUACCUCAAAUGGGUUUCCAACAACCUUCGUGCGGGCGAUUUCGAGCACUGGGCAAAGUUAGCAGACCAAGUUCUUGAAGACCCAGUUUAUCAGGACAGAUUGGAGUGGGAAUUUGCAGAUAGCGUCUUGAAUGGAAACAAAAAUGCCUCUUUGUCUAUGGAGGAUAGUGCAGUUUCUACGUUGUUGGAGAUAAGCGAGAGGUUUGGUUGGGACAAUGAUGAUAAGGUUGGGUGGAGUAAAUUGAACUUUGAGCUCUUGGGCACUAGUAAAGGCGGCAGAAUCCCAAGAAUUUGUAGCACUGUUAAAGAAAUGAAAGAUCUGGGAACGGAGAAGGAAGAGAAAGAUAGGAUUUUAUCAGAGAAUGAAAUCAGACGGAAGGAGAGAAGAGAGAGAGCCAAGCUCAGGUCCAAGGACGAGAAGAAGCAGGAGAAGCUGGGAAUUUUAAGGAGGACCAAGGAUAGUUUCGUAAACGGGGUCAGGGAGGAAAUGGAACAGAGGGGUGAUCAAGAGGAAUGGACGGCAGAGAUUAAGAAUCCAUUUCCUGGACGUGAAGCCCUCUUGAAGAAGGUGCUCCAAAACAAAAAGCUAUUCUAAUUUUUUUUAUAUUUUUCUCACUCUUUAACUUAUUUUAUUGUUGAAACUUUUGCCAAGGAAAAUUAAUCACAAAGUAGUGUAUUAUUAUAAUAAUAUAAAAAUAAUUUUUUCUAC